GUGGUGGUGGUACUGCUGCUGCUGCUUGUCGUGGCGGCGGGGCCGGGCUCGGGAUGAGCUGGAAGGCGCGGUGGGGCCCUACCCCAGAGCGGUCGCCCCCGGGCGACGGCGACCAGUCGCCGCCCCCUUCCACCUCACCACCCCGGGCGGUGUCACCGAAGUCGCCCCCGGCCUCUUUUACUUCCACCGCCCCGGUCUCGGCUCCAGGCGGGGGGCUGUUCUCUUGGGUGCGAGAACGGGGCCUGGGCCAUGGGGGCCGCUGCGUGGAGCCGGCGAGGGACACUUUCCGGGCCAUGACGAGGCUCUAUGGUGCUAUUCAGCCCGCCGAUUCGGUGUCCCCCAUCACCCGCACCCACGGCGCUGUUUUCAACCUGGAGUACUCCCCCGGCGGAUCAGUGCUAACUGUUGCUUGUGAACAGACAGAAGUCCUGCUGUUCGAUCCUAUCUCUUCAAAGCACAUCAAAACCCUUUCCACUGCUCAUGAGGACUGUGUAAAUAAUAUCAGGUUUCUUGAUAAUAGACUGUUUGCAACUUGUUCUGAUGAUACUACCGUAGCACUGUGGGAUCUGAGGAAGCUAGAUUCAAAAGUGUGCACUUUACACGGUCACACCAGCUGGGUGAAGAAUAUUGAAUAUGAUACUAACACAAGAUUGCUAGUAACAUCAGGAUUUGAUGGAAAUGUCAUCAUUUGGGAUACCAACAGGUGCACAGAAGAUGGUUGUCCACACAAGAAGUUCUUUCACACCCGCUUUCUCAUGCGCAUGAGAUUGACUCCAGACUGCUCCAAAAUGCUGAUUUCCACUUCUUCUGGGUAUCUUCUGAUCUUGCAUGAUCUCGACUUGACCAAAUCUUUAGAAGUUGUCAGUUAUCCCAUUCUGAGAGCCAGAAGAACCACAUCAAAUUCUGAUCUGGCAUCCGUCACUUCACCUGGUCCUAGAAGUGCUGAGUCACCAGGACACCAAGGAGAUUCAGGCCCACGUACUGAGAAACAUACAGUACGAGUUACCCAGCGAGAAGGUGGAUCUCCACGUAAUAGUCUUGAGGUUUUAACCCCAGAGGUUCCUGGUGAGAGGGAUCGGGGAAACUGCAUUACAUCACUGCAGCUCCAUCCCAAGGGAUGGGCGACACUUCUUCGAUGUUCAAGUAACACUGAUGAUCAGGAGUGGACCUGUGUUUAUGAAUUCCAAGAAGGAGCACCAGUGCGGCCAGUUUCCCCUCGCUGUUCCCUCAGAUUGACUCAUUGCAUCGAAGAAGCCAAUGUAGGCCAGGGCUACAUUAAAGAACUCUGCUUCAGCCCAGAUGGUCGAAUGAUCUCCUCCCCACAUGGCUACGGAAUCCGUUUGUUGGGGUUUGACACCCAGUGCAGCGAACUGAUUGACUGCUUGCCCAAAGAAGCCGCCCCCUUGCAGGAGAUCCGUUCACUCUACUCGCAUGGCGAUGUGGUUCUGACUACCAAGUUCUCUCCAACGCACUGUCAGAUUGCCUCUGGGUGCCUUAGUGGUCGUGUUUCUUUAUAUCAGCCAAAGUUCUAGGCUCCCCUUGCCUUCAAAGGAACAUCUCUGUGUUUUUUUAAUUACUUCAGUUUAGUUGGAGUGUUUGCUUUUUUAAACAAGUCUUGUAAAUUUGGACAAGUACAGAGUUAAUAUUGGACUUAAAACUGAUCCCAAGUCCAGUCCUUUAUGUGUGCUGUGACUGAAUUUGCACAUUAGACUUUUGUGUACAUUAUAUCUCUCCGCUCCUGAUAAUUCCAUCCAUAUUUAGAGGUAGCGUGGUAGCACUUGUAAACCUUGUUUUUUCUGUGUGUCUCUUUGUGCAAGAUGUUGGAUGGGCUUGAAGAAGGGAAAACAACAAGCUAAAACCUGUCUGCUGCUUUGUAUCAAAGGAGUGGAGAUCAGCUCACGUGGAUUCUUUGAUUUCUGGAUUUUGCUGUGUAUUUUCUCCUAAGUAAUAGAGCACUUUCUUGCACAUUAGACUAAGUAUAGCCAGCAUUUACAUUAUUUUUUCGUGAACAACUAAAUAGACUGUUAUCGUUACUUUUUUGUAUUUUUCUGCUGUGGUUCAGUUUAUAGGCUGGUACUCUUAAGAACUGUGCAGUGUUAAUUAUCACUCUGUGCUCCCACAUACAAACUUCUCUCAUCUAGGCCCAUCCUUGACUUGCUGGAGAAAGUUUAUUGGGAACUGAAUAACUUAACAUUUUUUCUUUCACACAUUUCUCUUAAAGGAGCAUCUUCUUUUAAGUUAUUGGACAUAUAUUGGAGAACAGAGUAUGUGCCCAACCAUAUAUAUUUACAAUCCAAUAGGAACUUCUAUGCCACAAACCUCAGUGAACAGGAGCUUGUAAGCAAACAAACUGUGGUGGAUCUUUAACCUUUUGUUCAUUUAAAAGAGGCUGGUGCUAGGGAACAUCCUGAGGUUUUGGGUCCUUUCUCGUGAUGGGUUUCAUCGCAACAAAGGACUUUGAAAUUGAAUAAAAUCUUUUUAAAAAAUGUCAGUUUUUAAAUGAAUGCUGCUCAGUGCUGUACUUAUGUUUGCAACCUGAUUAAGGCUAGUUGGCUUUUGAUGUGCCUUGCAAGCCCCCACAGGUAAGCUAUAGCAUGUGAAAAAAAAAAUCCUUAGUGCGCACACCUUACACCCUUUGCAAGAUUAUAGAUAAUUUUAUAUAUAUAUAUAUAUUUAUGUGUGUAUGUGUGUGUGUGUGUGUGUAUAUAUAUAUAUAAAAUUAUCACCAGCUGUAUACGAAAAUCAAAAGAUUUUGCAAAACUAAAUAUUUUCUGUUCCAAGAGUAACACAUUUUUCUAGCAUAUUCGCAUGUGAGAUUUUUUUUUUAAAUCAAAAGUCCUGUUGUUGCCCAGUAGUGGCAUAAGCAGAAUUGCUUAUACUUAGAAGGUUGUUGAAUUUCCAUUGAACAUGAGAUACAUAAAACAUAAAUUAAUUGUGUGUGUCAGUUUCUGCAGUCAUGCAAGUAAGGGUGACAGAUCAUUGGUUCCCUGGAAUUUACAUGCAAAGUGUUCAGUUAAUUGAGAGUCAUUCGGAGACUUAAACAUUUUUGCCAGAUUCUCAUUCCUAUCUGUUUAAACCAUCUAAAACUCAUCUGCAUGACAUUUUUCUAUCUGAUGUCCUGGAAAUUAACAUGAUUGCAUGCCUGAAUGAUCAUUUUAAAAGAAAAUGAUUUUUCCAGUAAGAGGACUAGUUUCAUUUAGCAAUUAGCUGCUCUGCUAGUUGUUCUGAAAAUUAUGCCAAAUAUAGAAUAUAUUUAUAAAGCAGCUCAGAAAAAUAUCAAAUUUCGGAUAAUAGAUGUCUAUAAAUGCUGUUCUGAAAAAAAAUGUGUUGACUGAUUCUCAGAACUCUUAGUGUAGCCACUUUAAUAAGAAACUUGUGGCAUGUGGGAUUAGAAUGUAGCUGUUGAUCACCAUAUGCUCUGUAGAUGAUUUAAUAGAUUAACAUCAAUACGAACAAGCCCAGAACUAUGCUGUCAAUAUAUCUUAAAUUAGACAUAGGAUGCCUACACUUCUUUGUACUUCUGGUGAUUCAGUCUUCGUUUAAUAUCGUUCAUCAUCAGAGUUGAGUUUCUAGCCAUCUAUUUUAAUGGCUAGAAAGGUUUUCUUAAUCCAAAGCCUGCUUAGCCACAUGGUGUAGUUAAAUGGUGCUCUUGUGUAUGUGACAGAAAGGUAAACAAAUAUAUUGUAGAUAUGAGAUGAAUACAAUUUUCAUUUAAAAUUAAGUACAAAUUACUUUUUUCUUGGAUGAUCUGAAUUAGCUAGAUAUGCCCAUAUAAUCAGUUCUUGAAUUUUAAGAUAAAAUCAGAUCUAAAAUCAGUUUGUAGAUCAAAUCUCCAUGGUUGAAAUCCAAUCUUACUUUUUUAUUUUUAAUGUAUUUUUUCCUUAAAAUUUUUAGAACAUGUGCAUUUCUGCUUAAAUUUUAUAUAUACCCCAAAGGCAUUAAAAAAAAUGAGCUGAGCCAGAAAACCAAAAAAUAGAAAAUGCUGGUUGGGCUGCAGAGAGAAGUACUGUAGUCCAUGGCUUAUCAUAGAUAAUUACUUUGUAAAUAAAAAAAUAUGUGGCUAGAUGAAUUAUUGGAAUAGGAAAUGGAGAGCAGGUCCUUGAAACCUUGUUAAGAUUUUAAAUGAAUGGCAAGCAAAUAGGUAGACAGCAGCAUCAUAGAUACUUACUUUGGUCCACCUAAACAUUGAAUGUUGGGACACACUCUUUCUCUCCCUUCCCCCCAACCCCGACUUUUAGAGUAAGCAAUUAAACAUUAAUCUUCCUACAGCAUCUAAACUCUAUAUGAUUCCUGUAUUCCUGCUUUUUUCUUUUGGAGGUUAGGCUGGGAUAGAGGGUGAAAUGUCUGUGUGCUUUUGUUUAUGUACUUGACUCCCUGUCUUUUCUUUUUCCAUUAGAGAUCUUCCUGUACAGUUGCUUCAUUUUAACAUGAGUGUGUAUAAUUUUGGAUGUCCAGUCAGUAGUAAUCUUCCAAGACUACACGUUGUGAGAACUGGCAUGUUAUCCAGGAUCUGAAAACAUUAUUCUUAAAUUUUGUAACUAGUAUUAUAUUUACAGAGUAAAAAGAGUUAUUGUGCUUGGUUCACCUUUUGAGUUAUAUCUGUCAAAAAUAAACCUAAGGCCUAAUGAAUUUACAGAAUAAGAAGGAGAUUCUUGAUAUGCCAGAUUUUUUUUAAGGAGCAGGGUGAUGCAAAGAAGAUUCAUGGUGCUUAAACUGCAUGUAAAGUACAAGCCAGUGAUUAUGAAUCAGAGUUUUGUGUAUGUAUGGGUUAUUAAUUCUGCACUAAGAAAUAUAUAUAUACAUAAAAUGGAAAUAGUCCAGUUGCCAGAAUUUGAAUUCUGUUUAUCUUUCAUGCAGGAUAAGGUUGCAUAAAAGUGACUUCGGAGAUUAAAACUAAGUAUUUUGGAGUGUAGCUCUUGUGUUUUAGCAUGUUCCUGUGAAACUGUGACUCACCCAUGAUGAAAGGUUCUUUGACUAGUCAGGAAAGUUUGAAAAAGUGAACUUCUGUAUGUGCAUAUUGCACAUGCACAAGCAUAAUGCAACUUUUAAGAGCAUAAGUUUCAGGUUGCACUGUUGAAUUCUCAGUUUUUUAAAAAAUUAAGUUAUUUGAUGAAGAAAAUUACUUCCUUUGAUGUCCUUGAGAAUUGCUGUGAUUUGGAGCAGUCGAUAGCGUACAUCUAAGACAGAUGAAUCUGAAUUGAUCCAGGUCUGUAAUGUCUUGAUUUAUCAGCUUACAUUUACCUUUAGAGCUCUUUUUUGAGUACAAGAUUCAAAGGAUAAGAAACAGGGUUUCUUUUGAGUUUUCGUUCAAAAAGAGCAAUGGUUUUCUGAAAUGGAGAGUGCCUUUUUGCUAAUGUCAAUCUUAGUACAGUUCCAUUGACUUUAAAUUACACUAAAAUACUUUUUAAAUUGCUGGUAAAUGUCAUCUCAAAAUUCAAUUAGUUGGCUAUGUAUUUGUGGAUAUGAAUAUACUUCAAAAAAGAUCAGAUGCUGUAUUUGGAAUGAAAUAAUGGCUGCCUAGAUGAUACUAACUUAAAGUACAAUCAUGGUAAUAGAAUCUUCACUAUUACUACCAGUAGCAAGAGUUGCUUAGCAAGUGUGGAACUAUAUAAUGGAAUGAAUGAAUGAAUCAUCAGUAUGAAUGAAUCAAUGUUAUGGUAUCAAAAAUUAUGUUUCAAGUUUUAUGUAAUUUUCUUCCAGAUAAUAUUUCAGUAAGCUGAAUUCUUAAAAGUAUUUUUGUUUAGUCAGUUUAUUUUGAUAAUGGAAAAGCUUCUGGCAUGGUACGUUUUUACCUAUUUAUUAAUUAAACUUUUCAAAUAUUUUACAGUAUAACUAUAAACUCUUGUUACACACCAAAAAUUAACUGAGUAGUAAGAUUCUGCAACAUGUGGAAAAGUAUGCAUAGGGAACAAAUAAUUUGCAUGUAGCCUGAGAGAUUAAAUCUCUGGCAUCUCCCGGUGGUAAAUUGAGUGGCCAAUAAAUAAAGAGAAAGAAAAGAAGAGAAGAAGGAGAGAAAGAAAGAAAUGAAAGACAUAGCCUGAAAUCAGAUGUGAAUGGUUUCUGCUUUAAUGAGGGAGAUCACAUGAAUUAGAUAUAAAAAAACAAACAAACCCACCUUGAACUGGAUAGCUAAUGAAUGGACUUGAUACAAGACUUUUUCAAUCAUUCCUAUGGCUUUUGCAAGCUAAGUACCAAAACACUAAUUCCAGUCACUGAAAAGCAGCCUCCACCUCCAAUUCUAAUACCAUUUUCAAGCAUUUUUUUUUGCACCCAUAAGAAAUAGAACAUUUUCUUUUUUAAAAAAAACCCAAGAUGUUGGGAUUUCCAGGGAGCAUUUUGCACUUUCCCCAGUCCCUAUAGAAUUCUAACAUGCAGCCAUGAAGAUGAUUUGGUGUUUGGAUUACCCCAAUCUAACUCUUCCUAAAGCUUUAAAAAUGCAGAGAGUAAUUGAACGUGGCUUGUAUUUUUUAGUAGAGCUGAAUUUAUUGUAUUGCAAUCAUCAGUGUAAAUUAUAUAUUGCAUUGCAUUUUUAAAAACAUCCUACCUCAUAUCAUGCUUUUCUUUAAACAAAAAGGUAUGCUCAUUUUUAAAAUCAGCAUACAGUAAUUCAUUUUCGAAAUGCAGAAAGCCAGCAAUGCAGAGAUUAUCUUUAUUUUAGGCAACUGAGAAGGGCCCCUUGAAGCAAAGCAAAGCUGUUCAAUAUUCAGCAUGUAGUACUAGAAUGCUGCUGUUUUCCCCCAAUUCUGAGUCCUCCAGAUGUGUUGGAUUACAAUCCCCAUAAUCCACAAUCUGUAUGAGCUUUGUCUAUUUUUUUACAUCACUGCUUUAAAUACUGCUAGACAUAUUGAUUUAGUACUUCAAAACCUUAAUAAAAUUAUAUACUGUGCUGAACUUACUCUUAGCUACAGAAAUGUUCAGUGAUUCUCUGAUCUUUCUGUCUCAUAGUUAUCCUUAAAAACAUUUAGUGAUGUUAAAUUAGAUAGUGUGGCCACAUGGCUUUUUAAAAUGAAACAACAUUUUUGAGUGGAAAUGUUUCGAGCUUAGUUAUUAUUUUGACUUAAUGGAAAUUAACAUUUGACUUUGUAAAAUCCUAGGAACAAUCUGUUCCUUAAUAAGGGAAAAGUUGCUUGAUUAUAAAAAUGCAGCAUUGAAAAUUAACAUUCUUAUGCAUGCCUUUUCAAAGAUCUCCAGUAAACAUUAGCUAUUAUAACUGAUUCAUACCAUUUUUUCCUCUUUACAUUUAUUUAUCAUUUAUUUCUAUAAACAUCUUUUACAUCUGUUUAUGAUUCUGAUCAGAAUAUGUACUAUGCCCAUAUAUGCUUUAAAUGAGUAGCUUAAUCAUAUUUUUGUCCCAUUGUAUAUUAAACUGUAGAAAGCAUGACAUAUCAGCCAAAGCAGAUACAUUGUAUUUAUUGAGUUUGAUACAUGGAUACAAAAACCUUAUAAGAGUUUAUCAAAACACUACUGAUAUGUACAAUUGUAAUUGUUGCUGAAUGUACACUGAGUGCAGUAAUAUAUACAUCAGAUUUGAGAAUGGAUAAAUCUGAGUACUGUAUUUAUAGGGGUAAAAAAGGUUUCUACCGAUAAAACAUUGCCACAUAGGUUGUGAAAAAGCUGGUCAUGUUUCAGUGACAUUGAAAUCAGACUAGAAUUUAUUGCACUGAUUUCAAAAGGAUAUAGAGCACACAUUAAAAUUGCCACUUAUUCCAAGUUCAAAAUUCACAUUGAAAACAAUCAGCUAUGGUUGGCAACAUCAUCUGAAAGACAGUUGGCCCAACAACAUUGAUCUUCUGGCAUAAUGUACAAUGGUAAGAAAAUGUCAGAUGUUUGGGGAUCAAAACGUUGAAGCUCUAUAAUGCGUCUAAGGAACAAGAGUACACGCAUUCUUGAACAUGCCCCAGAGUUAAUUUGUUAGCAUGCAAAUUCAUGUGGAAAGUAUUCCUUGAGCAUGAAACCAAGUGCUUUGACAUUGUAUACCAGCUAUAGAUGAUCAGAAUUGGAAGCUGUUACAUAUUUUGCAUGUUUUUCUCUCAAAUAUUUUUAUAGGAUGUCUCUGAACACCUGAAUACUUUCUUUUCCCCUUUUUUGUAAUGAAUGUCAGGGAUCCAAUUGGUUUUAGCUCUAAAGCAUGGGGAAGGCUGAAAUUCUGAAUAAACAUGGAAUAAACUGUUGGAUGCUAUUGAACAUAUUCCAUGGACAGGAUUUCAUUGCAAAAGUUAGCAGAUAGAGAUUUGAUGAGUUCUGUAAAAAGAAUAUGAUUUAGCAUUUUAUAGUUAGCUUUGGAGAGUAUGAAUCUCAAAAUAUCAAUCACAUUUCUACUUAUAUGGAAAAUAGUUGCAUAAAAAUCGACUGGUUUCCAGCUUCAAUCUAAAAACAGAUUGGGUAUGGCUUCCACAUAUGUAUGAAUUCUAUAUAGUGGUUUUUGGAAUUCCAUAUGUCCAUUUAUCAGACAGAGCUGACCAACUGAUACUAGUUUGGAAAGGAGAACUUUCCUCCCUUUUAAAGAUCAUUGUGGAAAACUUGAGUGAAAUUUAGAGACCACUACAAUGGAGAAUUAUUUCCCAAAUGUCAAAACAGAAAAGUAAAAAAAUGGAUAGAGUUGAAAUGUACAUUAAUCUAAAGCCAGUUCUUUAAAUAAUUUACAUCCCAUUUGUUAAUAGCUUUGUUGUGUCAGCUUAUUUGUAAACAUAUUUCUAUCUCGUGCAAAAAUAUUUUUUUUAAAUAUGGAAGUACAAAUUUGUGCAUGUAGAGUACUUUGAAAUUAUUUCAUAAAAGGUGUACAUUUUAAAUACAUCUACAAGAACUGUCUAGGAAAUGUAUUUACUCUUACACGGGUGAUGUAAAUGUUUGAACAAUUUCUCUUGCUUGCUUAAUAAACACUUCACAUUCAUACUCUGAA